AGUGGUCGUCUAGUCACGGUUGAGAGUACUUCUCAUAUCAAACUUUUUCCUUUUUGAUAUUAAAAUUUAAAAAAAAAAAAUGAUUGGUUUAGGUUUCUACUACGAGAUCGCCCUUGCGGCAUUCUUGAUCUUCUACCUCUACCUCAAGAAUCAACGUCCAAGAAGUGUUAUAAGUGGUGUCUACCGGCAAGAAGGGAAAUAUUCAACUCUCAAAUUCAUCUUGAUCGCCAUUCUCUUGCAAGUGCGGAAGAAGUCAAAAGUAUGGAGUGUGAUAGUGAAGAGAUAUUUCGAUAAGGAUUUUGAGCCACCUGGCCUGGAAGAUCUCGAUCAGCCACAACCGCUGUCUCACCAUGUGAACGCCAUUGAUGCCGUCUACUUCAACGGAUCAUCGGCUAGCCAGCAAGUUCUUAUGUGUGGUCUUGCAAGGAGAAAGAAGAACCUCGUUAAUGGAUUUCUCUACUUGCGCGUACCAGAAUUUAGUGAUAAAUUUCUCCUCACUCCUCAGCUUCCAGACACAAAUCUCUACCAAAGUGAAUCGGAUGCUAAUCAAUUUAGAGCCGAGGGCAUUCAUCUUAAACCCAUUGUUCCCAUGAAAACAUGGAAGAUCAGCUACAAAGGGAAAAUGCAACUUGAUGCUACAAAAUCGGAAACUUACGAUGUUGAACUUAAUGCAACAUUCACAACGAAUCUUCCCACAUUCAACUACGACACCGAUAUGCACUAUUCCAGUGCAGCUAGAGCCAUGUCUCGCGAGUACUGGUCCAGGGAAUAUUUUGAGAACCUCAAAACCUUCCAUCAGACCCACUAUGAGCAGUACGGGGACAUCAAAGGCUAUGCCAUCAUUGAAGAUGAAAAAUACGAGAUCUCAGUCAAUUCAGUUCGUGAUCACAGUUUUGGAGUUCAGAGAGAUUGGAAAAUUUUCCAUCGAUAUGUAAUGCAUUUUUUCACGCUGGAAAAUGGAAUGAGGAUCACUGUGGGCGUUAUUUCGAUCCCAGUCAAUUUUUCCAGCAUUGCCGUUGGGUUUGUUACUGAUCCCAAAGAUGGGAAGAACUAUCCAAUAACUGAUUGCAAUUUUAAACUGUAUCAGCACGGAGAGAAUGGGAAUCCUCCCAAGAAUUAUGCCUUCUCAUUCACAACUGAGAAUGAUAAAACUUACCUGGUGGAAGUGAAUGCCUUUGCAACUCAGGAAUUUUUCAUCGGACUGGAGAGGGAGAGUCGAGUUAUUGAGCUACUUUCCCAGUUCACUGUGAAUGGUAUCAAAGGAUGGGGAGCAGCAGAGUGGCAGUAUCGCAAUCUUACCGGAUCACCGCAUCUGGUGGAAUAAAAUUAAAUACACUUGAAAUGAAACACAAAUAAAAGAAAAAAAAAA